AUGGACCGAGAGACUUCGCUGGACGGUGAGGAGGAGGGCACCUGCCUGCUGCGCCUGGUCGAGGCCAAGUGGGCCGACUCCCUGCCGCCGUGGGGCCGUCAGCACCACCACGCCCCGCGCGUUGCGUCAUCGCGCGCGGGGCCGCCCGCAACGUCGUCGUCGUCUUCUUCGCCACCACCUUCGCCCCUUGUCAUGCGCCUCUCCUCCACAACUCGGCCCGCAGACGAUGCGACUGAUGUAUUUCCGCGCCUGGGCUCAUCGCCUCGCGCCUCGCGCACCAACUUCGGACAUCUGCUGAUGGUGGUGAAGUGA